AUGGCGGCGGCGGCGGCGGCGGGGCCCGGCGGGGGCGGCGGGAUGGCGGCGGAUGCGCGGCGGCCUCAGCCCGGACCCGUCCGUCCCCUCAGGCCGGCGCGGGCAGAGAGAGGCGGCGGCGCUUCCGGCGGAACGGGAAGUGACGUGUUCCGUACGGGUCGGGAUCGGUUCCAGCUCAGCUGUUGCGGCUCCUCCGCAGCUCCGGGGCCCCGAUCCCGGCCCAGAGGCGGCAACAGGGGAGGGCUGGCGGAGCGGCCGGAGCCGAUCCCGGCUGGGAACAGCGCCGUGAUGGAGCCGGGGAAAAAUGCAGCUCUGGAUGAAUGGGACGCACAAAUCCGGAAAUUACCGGAGGAAUUUGAAAGUGACACUGACCUGGAGGAAUGUGACAUGGAGAAUGGUGAACUCGCAGCGGAAAUUGAGCACCUGACAGCCACGCUCGAGGAGCGGGACAGGAGGAUCAGCAAACUGACCUCGGACCUGGGUGAAUCCAACGCCAAACUCAAGGAACGCGACCGGAAGAUCACCAAACUUGCUGCUGAAAUCCGAAGAUUCACGGCGCUGCUGGCCGAGCGCGACUCCGGGCUCCGGAAGCUCCAAGCAGAGCUCGCCAAGUGCGACGCCACCAUCCGGAUCUUCACGGUGGAGCUCGGGGAGCGACACACGAAAAUCGGGGAACUCACAGCUGACGUGGAGGUCUGCAAUAAGAGGCUCCAGGAGCACGAGGCGGAGCUGGAGGCCCGGGACACUCGGAUCCGUGAAAAUGAAGCUGAGAUCAAGCACCUGAAGCAGCUGCUGGAGGAGAAGGAAUUGGCAGCACGUAAGUUUUGGAAAAGGGGAAUUUUCUCCCCAAAAUGUGUCUGA